UUAUGAUUGACGUAUGUUUUGUGACUUAGGCAGUAUGUUUUGUGAGCAUUGUUUGUGAGUGAAAUCUGAACCUCACUUUUUUUGUGGAGGAAAAAAAUUAAAUAAAUAGUGGUUUCUUUAACAAAUUAAUUGUAUAUUCAUCCGUCAGUAUAUAAUGGACAACGAAAAUGCCGUCAUAUAUGGACUAGAAUUUCAAGCUCGAGCGUUAGCCCCACAACUAGGAGAGACAGAAAAAAUACAAUUCAUUAUUGGAACACAGUCUCUUAAACAGACUAACAACCAGAUUCAUUUAUUAGAGUUUAAUGAAGAAAAAUCAACUAUCAAAACAGUGCUAAAAUUGACCUUUGUCUACUUCAUGUUUAAUAACAAAAAAUGA